AUGCAGGUAUACUUCAUCGCGUGUAAGACCAAAGUCGCACCACUUAAAUCAUCAAAGACGGACAUUUCGUUGACUAUACCCCGGCUAGAACUUUGCGCGGCUGUUCUGUUAGCUCAUGUUUUAUCACAUAGAUUGACUCUUUUGUCAAAAGUAAUAACCAUUCGGCAAGUGCGUGCGUUUUCGGACUCUACGAUCAUUGUUCUAAGUUGGCUGAAGUCACAGCCAAAGGACUUCAACAUUUUCUUCACGAAUCGCGUUUCAAAAAUUAAGGAACUACUUCCAAAUUGUGAGUGGAAUCAUGUUAGUUCAAAGGAGAAUGCUGCGGACCCGGCUUCUCGGGGUUUGUUUCCGCAUGAAUUGAUAACGUGUAACUUGCACUGGACAGGCCCUGAAUUUUUACGUCAUCCUGAAUCGCAGUGGCCCAAUUCAAAACACGUGGAAAUUCCAACAGAUCAAUUACCCGAAUUCAAACAAACUCAAGAAUGCGCGCUGUUUCUUACAGACACUAAUGAACCAGAAAGGAUUUUACAACGAUUUUCUUCAUUAGGAAAAAUGCAACGUGUUCUUGCAUAUUGUUUACGUUUUAUUAAUGUCUGUCGGCGUCGACCAAUCGAAACGGGAGUGUUGUCGCGCAAUGAAACAGAUCGGGCUCUGGUGGUCGCUAUAAGAAUAACACAAAAUAUACACUGGGCACAACUACAAAGACAAUUGACUUCCCCGUCAGCCAUUAUAACUUCUACCAAUUUAGCUCAUUUGUCACCUUUUCUAGAUGUCCAAGAAGUAAUCCGUGUGGGUGGUCGGUUGCAUUUUUCGUUUUUUAGUGAGAACUCCAAACACCCAGUACUACUACCAAAGGCAUCACACCUUACAGAAUUGGUGAUUUUACAUUAUCAUUUAAAUUUAUUGCACGCUGGUCUUAAACUUACUAUGACCAUGAUAUUCAGACGGUUUUGGAUUGUGUCAGGACGCGCUGCUAUUCGACAAGUUAUCCAUACAUGCAUACCAUGUGUACGGCACAGAGCUGCCUGCCCGCAACCAAAAAUGGCCGAUUUGCCCGCUUGGCGAGUUCAACCACAUCGCCCGUUUUCUUUUGUUGGGAUGGAUUACGGAGGACCAUUCAGUGUAAAAGAAAGUCGUCGCAGAAAUUCCAAGACUAAUAAGGCUUACUUGGCAUUGUUUGUGUGCUUAUCGGUAAAGGCGGUUCACUUGGAAAUUGUAUCGGACAUUUUUUAA